UGGGGCUCUGUGGAUUGAGGACGUAAGCACACAGACUGAGACAGCAGACACAGCUUCAUCUACUUCAGGCUACUGACGCUUACACCACUGUAGGUUGUUUACCCGCGGUUGUUUUAUUUUAACAGACUUAAUAAUGGACGGAAACGUUUGCAACAUCCAGGUGCUUCUUCGGGCUGCUGAGUUUCUGGAGAGAAGAGACCGAGAGGCAGAACAUGGAUAUGCUUCAGUCCUGCCUCUCAGUCCAGAUCACUCUGACAAGAGAAGCAAACAGAAGAGCAAAAAGCUAUCUGCUGGUGGUGGCAAUAGGUCAGUUCACAACGAGCUGGAAAAAAACAGACGAGCUCAGCUGAGACACUGCCUGGAGCAGCUCAAAAUGCAAGUCCCUCUGUCAUCUGACUCCAUGAGGAACACCACGCUCAACCUGCUGAGGCGAGCCCAACUUCACAUAAAGAAGCUGCAGGAGCAGGAUGAGCGUGCCGAGCAGCUGAAGGGCCGCCUGCGCUGGGAGCAGAGAGAGCUGCAGGUUCGGCUGGAGCAGCUGCAGAGAGGCACAGAGAGGAUGAGGAAUGACAGCCAGGGGUCGACUAUGUCGUCCGAGAGGUCGGACUCGGACAGAGAGGAUGUGGAGGUCGACGUGGAAAGCAUCGUGUUCGACUGCGUGGACUCUGACGGACUGAGCAUGAUGCACACCGAUGCAGACCACUGUUACUCCAGCAUGGACAAAGCCUGGCUAUGACAGCAGUACGCCUACGUUAACUCGUCUAAUGACAGUCAGGAAGAGAAGAAAAACAUUCCAAAAAAAAAAAAACCAAGCCAACAGAGGAAGAGGGAUAAUGGAGAAACAUGUUACCGUACAACAGAACACAUUUUGUUUUACAGAAGGAGUAACUUUUGACAUUCUCUUCAAAAUAUGUCAGACUACAAGCUAAAUGAUAAUGUUAUGAAUGAGCUGGCUCCAUUUGCACUGAAUAGCAGUUAGAAACACUGGGCUGGGUGGGACAUUACGCAUAUAUAUUUCUGGCAUCAACCAUUAAUGGGAUUUAUUUCAUAAGCCACGACGUGUCUGUAACUUGUCAAACUGUUCCACUCGUUCAUCUUUUAAGGGCUUAUUCGUUCGUCUUUAAGGGCUUUUUAAAAUCCAAAUAAGUGCUUUUUAUUCAAAACUCUUAACUUAUUCUUUACUACACUAUGUAUAUUCUGAAUUCUGCCUUAAAUCAGAUUUGGUCUAGUAUUCCAUACAGCUAUUUAGCACUAAUUUCAUUUCAUUAAUGUCAUGUGUAGCAUGCACUUAAACAUUAAUAUGUGCUAUGUUUGUAUUAUUGUCCUAUUAUGUAAGUUCAGUCAUGUAUUUCUCUUCUGUUGCACAAAACGUCCACACAUUGCACUUGUUUUGUCUCAAGAAGAUUAUGGGUAUCUCAAAAAAAUGAAAGCCGUAAACAGAAAUGGAAUGGUCAUAUUUGCACAUUAAUAUCUGGCAUUUUAGUAACUGGCAAAUAUUCAUUUGGUGUAUGUGUACACAAUUCAGUCUGUGAUCAAGGGCAAGAAGUUUGAUUCCUGUAUUAUGGAGAGGUAUAAUGACCGACACGUUUUUAUUCACUGCGAAUAUUAACUGGUUUACUUAGAAGUGUUCAUUAUCACAACUUUACACUUCA